AUGCCCUCUGCGCCGCCAGCACUCGCCUCCUCAGCGCCCAUUGGCAACUCGCAAGACCCGGCAGCCUACCUCGCCGGGCGCGCUGCCGCCGUCGAGUACGCGGGCGAGCGCGGCUUUCCUCUCGAGUGCGCGGUCGAGAUUGCGACGGCAUGGGGCGACCAGGACGCCAACGCGCACGUCAACAACGUAGUGCCUUUACGAUGGUGCGAGACGGGCCGGGGCACCUUCAUGCGGGCCGUCGCGCGCGACAUUGCCGACGAGCAGGUGCGGGCCGACCUGAACGGGAGCGGGAGGGGCAAAGGCGUCAUCUUUGGCGAGGUGCGGUACCGGUACUUGCGCCCCGUCUUCCACCCGGACAACAUCCUCGUCCUGACGCACACCAACACCAUCUCGCCCAAGUCGCUCACGGUCAAGACGAUCCUGUACUCGUACGCGCAGCGAGCGCCCGUCGGGCAGGCCGACGGCGUCUUGUUCGCGUACGAUUACGACGAGGCAAAGAGCUGCGAGUGGGACCCGGUCGUUGUCGAGGGCAUGGUGGCGAGGGGGGCGAGGAAGGUCGGGUUUGGCGACGGCGAGGGCAAGGCAAAGCUGUAG